CGCGUUUGAAGCAACACUUUUCAAUCUGGGAAUGAUUCAAUGCAGUUUAAGAACAACACAAAAAAAGAAGUACAUGCUCAGUCAGCAAGAUGCAGAAAGGAUUACCUUCUACCACAUACACAACGACCUUCAAUCGAUGAGGCAAAUGAUGACGAGAUAGACAAUACAUUAUCAUGAAUGGGUCAAGAAGCACAAUGAUGCCGCCCACCACUAAUGGCAUACAAGCGGUCGGGCAGCAAGGAGGAGGAAGAAGGAGGGAUUCAAUCGAUGAAUACGAAUUUGAUGACGAUUUGACAUUAGAUGAGCAGAGCUUACAACAGAUUGAAGAAGCAUUUCUAACACAAAGGCUUUCGCAACCUGACAGUCAAAGAUCGGUCAACUCUCGCCUUGCCACAAUCCCGCCACAGCGAAAUGGAACUGUGAUAGAGAAUGCAAUAUCUGGAAAACGACAUCGUAGUCCUUCGCUUGAAAAUACCAGAGCCUCAUCGAAUGCUGCACAUGGCAUUGGCAGCAAGCAUCCUCGUUUGCACCAGCCACAAACUAUAUCCGAUACUAUUGCUUCUGACCGAUCAAGCGAACAGAGAAGAAUUGAAGAAUUGAUGCAGCAAUUGGCCAGAAAAGACCAAGAGCUUACCCAAGCAAAAAGAGAUGUACAAAGCAAAGCGGGUGAAAUUGAAAUUGUUCGAAGGAAGUUGCACGAUAAUAUCGCCGAAUCGAGUAGACUGCUACUACAAAAGGAAGACAGUAUCAAACAACAUCAUGCUUUGGCAGAAAAGUUUAGACAAGCAAAUGAUACACUCGCAACAGAGAAUAAAACUUUGAAAGCCUUUCGAACAUUUGAAGCAGGAACGAGUACGUCCAAUCAAUUGUGGAGUAAUGUGACAGCUUCCGUUGCAAGAAGAAGAGCUGCUGCUGGGCAGGCAAGUAUACAGAGAGACUAUUCUCAAUCACAUUCACAAAAUAUGGCCGCUUCUGUCGGCUUGACAACGCCUACCAAACGCAAUCGGAAUGCCGGCAAGAAUAUCGGUAGCAGCAGUGGCUCACAGGCACUUGGCAGUCCAGGCAACAGUCAUCUUCAGCCGGAUGAUAGUCCUUCUGCUCGUGCUAGAAGAAGACAAGAAUUGCAAGUAGGCAGCUCAACUAAACAGACAGCGAUCGGAUCAGCAGUUGCUGGAAGUGUGACAAAAGCACGCAAAGCAGCAUUUCCCGGUUUUGUCAAUUCGUUUGCUAAGCCAAUCUUGGCCAAAGAGACGCAGCCUUUGGUGGCAAGGGGAAAAGCAAGUGUUGCUUCUACAAGUAGGCAGCGGAUUGAAGAUCAAUCACUUCAAGUUGCUGAUGAUGAAGUUUUCCGAGAUCAUGCGAAUGGACCGGUUGAUCAUGAUAUGCCUCUAUUCCGUUCCUCUCCUGAUGCAGCACAACCAUCCUCGCAAAGCGACGUGCGUAUCGAAGGACAACCUGUCCAUUCCUCGCCGGUCGCAAGAGAUCAUACCGCACACAACAGCAAUAUCCCCUUCACAAGAUGGUCUGAUCCAAAAGUACGUCAAAUGUGGGCAGCGAAAAAGUAUUCGGAUCGUCAAGCAUUCUUGGCUUCUUUGAUUUUGGGACAUCAAUCCGAGCCUUGCUUCUCUUCUAGUCAACGGUCGGGUGAACGAUGGAACAAGAACGAAUCAACGCUGCAAAGGUUGCUACAUGUCAAUCUACCCGCACAUCGAACGGCUGAUAGUCUGCAAGAUGAAUAUACCUUGGCAGUACAUCAUUUCUUAUCGGCACUUUCGAACGGAAGCGCAAUGGCUGCUGAGGAUCGAUUCGUGGGUGUUUUGGAGGGAUACGAAGAUCUGAGUGAGGAAAAACGUCGUAAUUGGCCGUCUCGAGAGAUUUACGAGCAAGAGCUGUUGUUCGACUGUUUGCAAUUUAUCGAGGAAGGUGUGUAUCAAGUGAUCGAUAGUAUCUUUCACGAAUUGCAAAUCAUGCUGGCGAUCGCGUGCAAAGUGGAAGCAUUUGAUCGUGUUUGUGAUAUUUUCUCUUUGAUGAGAAGUAUCAUUAUUCAUUUCCCUGUCGCGAUCGCAGGCUUGACGAACGAGGGAGAUGAAACGUGUAUCUUUUACGAUGAUGAAGAACGCACUAAACCUACUCAACAAAUCGAAGAUGAAAUGCAAGCCGGAACAGAAACACAGCAUGAUGCAGCAGCUUCCUUAAGAAGGCGUCAAGAAAGAAGGUUGAACGUUCGCAUCGAGAGAAUUCUGUUAACAAGUUUGCGUUGGGCAUGUUCUCCUUCACCUGGAGCGGACAAAGUGGUGGAAAAGGUGCAAAAAGAUACUUUGCUUGGCGUACUUGUUGGCAUUCUGGAAGUUUUGGCGCAUCAGUGUAUUCACAAUGAUGCCGUUUCUUUGCAUUGCACAUCCAUGCUGAAGACAAUUUUGGAAGAACCUGGUGCACUGAUCUCGCUUCUUUUGGAGAAUGAUGGAAGGAAGCCUAGAUCCGCACCGAUCGUACAACGCGUGAUGGCAAUCUUGACACAAACAUGUCAACACGAUUCCCUAUGGCGCAUUGCUCUGGCUUGCGUUCCAGGUGAACAGAACAGUACUCACUCCGACAAAGCAGCACAGCAUCGAUUGAUGUACAGAAACAUCAAAGGAGAAGAAGAAGAGUCAAGUCACCUUUUCAACACGUUUUCCGUGCUGCUCUCAUUGAACAGAAAAGCUCCCGAAGAAGGAUUGCAUUUAAUUCAUCUUUCGAUUGUCAUCUUUUUGACACAAUUGACAAUCUUGCACCCGCUCGUCGCUUUUCCCUCGGUUGCGAAUUCCAAAACGAUACUUGCUUCUCUUGUCAAGUGCAUGCAGAUGGAUGUCGAUCUAAUUUGGAACGAAGAACAAUUUUUGAUCGGGAUGAAAAGAGAUGAGAACGAACGAUUGAUUAAUCGUUUGAGUGAAGCCGUCCAACGAAUUUGCAUGGACAUUCGAUUGAUGACGCAUUUGUACAAUAAACCCAUCAUCCGAGAAGGUCAAGCAACAGAUCUGAAUGAGGCGAUGGAUGUAGAAAUGGCACAUAAUCGUGACACCGAAGACGAUCAAAAACUUUCAAAAAUGCUCAAUUCGCCAGGAAUGCAAUUCGUUCUUAAUGGCGUUCGACAUUCGUUUGUGAUUGCGUUGAGCUUUAUUGCAUUUGCAUCUGAACCUGAAUGGAUGGAAAUUGUGUCAAAUGAACAAAAUCUGGAAAGUGAUGAUGAGCCAGAAGAAGAACGUGUAGGGGUAGAAGAUGCAAGAACGAUGUUAAAUGAUGUAAAUGAAUUGGCGGCAGAAUUAUUGGAAUUGGUACUAUCGCCAGACGAAAUUGAAGCAUGUUGGGAAGCAUUAGCGGAUGAUGAAGAAGAAGAGGAGAUGGAUGCCGAAGAAGAAGCAUUAGCGGCACAACAAUUUCCACAGUCAUCUCAACUACAACCUCCAAAACAAGCAUCACAAACAACAACCAAGCAACCAAAACUCACUCAAGGCGAAGUGAUCAAUUUGGAUUCUGAUGAUGAUGAAGAUAAGAUGGUGCAUUGAUGUAAAUGUAUAUACAUGUAUGUACACAAAGACACAAAGCCAAAGAAAAUUAUUGAAAGAAAGUAUGAAAGAGACGAGAAGGAUUUUGGGAUUAAAGGCGCACGAUAGACAAUUAUAUUUAACAA